AUGGUGCUUGAUGCUGAGCUUAAUUUGAAGAGCAGCAGCCUCACCAGGGAAUGGAGCGGACAGGUCCAUUCUGCUCUGGUUGCCUCCUUCGUUUUCCUCUUCUGCCUGGAAGCCUGUCUGUGGGUCAGGAACCUCAGGCUCAAGAGAAGACUUCCAGGACCCUUUGCCUGGCCCGUGGUGGGCAACGCCAUGCAGCUGGGUCAGAUGCCUCACAUCACUUUUGCGAAGCUUGCCAAGAAAUACGGAAACGUGUACCAGAUACGACUGGGCUGCAGCGACGUGGUGGUCCUAAACGGAGAUCGGGCCAUUCAUCAGGCACUAAUCCAGCACAGCACAGAGUUUGCAGGCAGACCAAACUUUGUCUCUUUCCAGAUGAUCUCUGGAGGCAGGAGUCUGACGUUUACUAAUUACAGCAAACAGUGGAAAGCACACAGGAAAGUUGCUCAGUCGACCCUCAGAGCUUUUUCGUCUGCAAACAGUGAGACCAAAAAGACUUUUGAGCAGCAUGUUCUGGCAGAAGCCACAGAACUUGUGCAGGUAUUUUUGCGCCAGAGCACUAAUGGACAGUAUUUUUACCCAGCAUACGAGUUCACAGUAGCUGCUGCUAACAUAAUGUGCGCUCUUUGUUUUGGAAGGCGAUAUGGACAUGACGACCAGGAGUUCAGAACCUUGUUGCACAGAGUGGACAAGUUUGGAGAAACAGUUGGGGCAGGUAGUUUGGUAGAUGUCAUGCCCUGGCUUCAGUCCUUCCCUAACCCGGUCCGAAACGUCUACGAAACAUUUAAAAGCCUGAAUAAGGAGUUUUUCACCUAUGUAAAAGAUAAAGUGGCACAGCACAGGGACACCUUCAAACCUGAGGUGACCCGAGACAUGAGUGACGCCAUCAUCAAUGCAAUUGAGCACGGAGAGGGCAGCAUAUUGAGCAAGGAGUUUGUUGAAGCAACCGUCACCGAUCUGAUUGGAGCAGGUCAAGACACUAUGUCAACUGUCAUGCAGUGGAUCGUCCUCCUCCUGGUCAAAUACCCAGACAUGCAAGCCAAACUGCAGCAGCUCAUUGACAAAGUAGUGGGUCCAGACAGACUGCCAUCAGUUGAGGACAAAAGCAGCCUGGCUCUGGUGGAAGCCUUCAUUUACGAAACCAUGCGCUUCACCAGCUUCGUUCCCGUCACCAUCCCACACUCCACCACAUCAGAUGUCGUCAUCGAAGGGCUCUACAUCCCCAAAGACACAGUGGUCUUCAUUAAUCAGUGGUCUGUCAAUCACGACCCUCAAAAGUGGAAAGACCCUCACGUGUUUGACCCCACGCGCUUCCUCGAUGAAAACGGAGCUCUGGACAAAGACAAAACCAACAGCGUGAUGAUUUUUUCGACCGGUAAAAGACGCUGCAUCGGCGUCCAGAUUGCCAAGGUGCAGGUGUUUUUAUUCACUGCCGUCCUGCUGCACCAGUGCAACUUUGAGCGCCAUCCCUCUGAGUCUCUCACUCUGGACAGCUCCUACAGUCUCACACUGAAGCCCGACAGAUUUAGUGUCAGAACCAAGCUCAGGGGAAAGUUGCUUGGCUUGGUUUCCCCAGCAUGA